CGCAGAUAUCAGAACCAGAGCAAGAUGGACCAAGGCGCAGCAGCUCAUCUGACGCAGCCGCAGCCACCGGGCGAGAAAAUGAGGAUGGGGCAGCAGCUGCUGGACAAAGGGGCUAAGAUGAUGCAAUCGCUGAAGCCCGUGAAGCAGAUCAGCCAGCACGCUUGCUCCUUUGCCCUCUACGCCCACGAUCUCAGCCGUCAAAUCGAGACCCACCAUUACGUCUCCCGCGUCAACCAGGACUUCCUCCAGUGCGCCCUUUACGACUCCGACGCCUCCGACGCCCAUCUCAUCGGCGUCGAAUAUAUUGUGUCUGAUGAAAUAUUCGAAACUCUGUCUCCAGAUGAACAGAAGCUCUGGCAUUCCCAUGCAUACGAGAUCAAAUCAGGGCUGUUUGUUCAGCCACGCGUCCCGGAGAUGGUAGCCAAGCCAGAACUGCAAAAUCUAGCCAAAACCUACGGCAAAUUCUGGUGCGCGUGGCAGGUGGAUAGAGGUGACAAGCUGCCGCUGGGGGCUCCGGCGCUGAUGAUGUCGCCGCAAGCGGCGGAUGGUGGGGUGGUGAAGGAGGAGCUGGUGCAGAAGAGGGACGACAAGUACAACAUAUCGACAGAGGCGAUAAAGAAAUCGAGAGUGGAGUUGGAGGAGCCGGAGUGGAUCAAUCCGCAGGCUGAUUAUUGGAAGCUGCACGAUGGCAAGGGUUUCGCCGUUGAUAUUGUCGGCACUGAAAUGAAGUUAAGGGCACCGCGUUUCCCGUGAGUGAGUCUCGUAGUCGCACAGUUUUUCGUUGUGUAAAUAACAGCGCCAAAACUUUGGCAUCUUCAUUUUCAACUUUAGGAUAUAAGAAGGGAAAAAAAAGGGUAAUUGGACGCUGAACGGUGAAAUUAUCGGAAUAAACGAGGGAAAUUUUUAAACGGCCAUCCGGUAAGUGGAGGUGGUAUUUGACCAGGAUCCAGGAUCCAGCGUGGCAAAAGAUUGAAGAACUAAAAACUUGAAAGUGGCAUUUUAAUUAUUCAACUUAAUUACAUGUCUGUGGAGCAUAUAUUACGUGUCAUACGUUAGUCAAUCUACGUGGUCUUGAGGGUUUUUGGGGUU